AUGAAGAAGCGGACCUUGUUGGAGACGGACACGCAUAUCUCCUUUGAUAUGAUGCCCGCCAACAAGAAGCAAGAGAACGACCUUGCAUGUCGAAAAGUCGCCCCUCGCACGGCCAACCCUUACCCCGCGAAGAACUUUUUUUCCUCCCUCACGAUAGUCUCUUCCCCGCCAACUGGAACACCGGCGGCGGGUCCUAUCCAGCACGACGCUCAGAGUUUUCUGCAAGCUCGAUCUUCACAAGAUGCAAGCAAGCGAGUGGGCAAAGAAGGGCCGUCCACCGGCCGCUGGGUCGUGCGGGCCUUGCCCUCUCCAACUCGCUUUAGGCUGCUGUCCUUGGCUUUUCUCUUCGAGGUUUGA